AUGAAUAUGUUGGAUGAUGAAGAUGACCAAAGCUUUCACGCUACGCGUGACGGCUACUCGCAUUUGAGCAAUGUCGAAUGGGAUGCGGUUGAACGGAUAGGUUCAACCAUGGGCAUCCAUGCUGUUAGCGUCAUGCUAGAGGCUCUCAAUAGAGAUGCCCAACAUGCUACUAUCGCCAAGUUCAUUCAAAAUGAACUUGACGCCGAACGCGAGCAAGUAGCCUUUCUUCACCAACAAGGUUCUCAACAAUCAGAGUUGCUGAGAGAACAGGGUGUUCAACAGUUUGAACUGUUGAGACAGCAGCAGGCUGCUGCUGGUGGGUCGAUGCAUUCGCGUCGACCCGAGACCUUGAAGAUUGACAUCUCCAAGUAUAGGGGAGUCGAAGAGGACUUCCUCCUGAGAUGGUUUGUCGAAUUGGAUGACGCCAUAAGGGCGCGUCGCACCGACGACGGGGAAAUGCAAGUUGCAUUUGCCCAAUCAAAUCUGGCAGGACGUGCCAAGACUUGGUCUUUGGGACUCAUGUUGCACGACCCAUAUGCGUUUGGGUCGUUAGCAGUCUUCAAGUCGCGGCUCAGACAAACGUUUGAACCGCCUGGAGCUGAGUUCAGAGCUCGAACCGAACUCUUGAAGCUCAAAUAG